AUGGCACAAGACUCAAGCCAAAACCCCUUUGACGAAUUGAUCUUCAAGUGUCAAGGCAACCCGGCUCAGAUUCAAGCUCAAUAUGAAGCGCACCGGUCUACAAGGAACGCAAAGUCCAAGGCCCACCUCCUCAGCCCGGACUUUACAGGAUGGCAGGUUGACGAAAUCCUGAAGAAGCUACAUGUACAAACGACUAUACCCAGCCAUGAGGGCCAGACCCCUUUCAUUGAUCAUAGGAACAAUCUCAACUUUUACGCACGACCACCACAGCAUAUAAAGGACUUGAUUGCCGAGAUUCAGAAAGAAAUCCAGAGUGUUGUGCCAAACACAUGGCUUACACCACCAGACUUCCUACAUACGACGGUCCUUGAGAUAGCCAGUUCCCGGACUUCUUUGGAGGUCGACUCUUUUGUGUCUCAUCUAGAGCAGAGUGGUGUGAUUCCGCAUUUGGUCAACUAUACCUUCAACCACUGGGCACGGCUGGUCAAGCCUGUUGUCAGCUUCGACGCCGCAGCCAUGGCCCUUAGCUUUGUUCCUGCAGCUGGAGAGCCAUCACGAUGGAGUCGCUCCGCGGACGAUGACAAAUACACGUAUCAUCACCUGCGACGAGAUCUGUAUGCUGGGGUCGCAGCUACGGGAUUACAGCUCAAACCUAGGUACCUAGUACCCUCGGCGCAUAUCACGAUUGCGAGGUUCAUCACACAUGAUGGAUUUCAUCUUGAGAAGUUGGGUGAGCGUGGAGAAUCGAUGUACGAUUGUGAGCGUGUUGCGGCCUUGGUAGACAAGAUCGACCAAAUCAACCAGAAAAUUCAAGCAAAGUACUGGCCUGGAGAGAACCGGACUGUAUCUGCUGGAGCAGAAUGGAUUGUGGGAGAAGAAAUGGGGUUAGAACUCUGUAAGGGUCCAUGUUGGUACGGAGAAGGAGAGAAAGUGCUUGUCGGAAAAGCAUUUACGCAUCCGAUUCGAGUUCGGAAAUAUUAGACAGGAGACGUGCUCGGUUUAAUCAUACCUAA